AUGCACCUGUCAUUCAGUUUCCCUUCUUGCCCUGAUUUCUUUAGCCGUCUUCCUCUGACGUACCAAACUGGCCAAGACGCCGUCGUUCGAGCUCAAUUCAUCAACAACGGUGUUCUUUCCAACACUGAGGACUCUAACUUCCGUGCUGUCAGCGAUGACUGGCUAGUCUUUACCUUCGCACACGACCUCGGCACCGUGUCGGUCACUGCCACUGACCCUGUGAUCUAUACUGUGGGUCAUGCGAGAGAUCCGCCAAUUCAGUUCAUCAUCGCGAAUAACGUCUACCAACCCCGAAGUGUUUACUUCUGGGGUGCUUAUUCAAGCGUCGCGAACUUGAUUUCUGACUCCAUCGGGGACUACUCUGACGCACUAAGACCGUUGUCGAUUCGUCAGGCCUUCGGAGCCUUGGAACUCACGUUGUCGAAGAACAGCGACGGAAGUUGGAACACAGAUGAUGUUCUUGAAGGCGAUGGCAACGUGAAUACCGUGUAUGUUAUCAUGCCUACAUGGCCUAUCCUCUUGUACACCAAUCCGACGCUCGCAAAAUUCACUCAACCUCCCGUGGCCACAAACUAG